AUGAAAUUGACUAUUAUACUUAAAAAGAAGUAUGGAGCCAUCAUUGGAUGCGUCCUUAAUUUCGCUGUAUACCAAUCAAGACACAAGCAUCUAACUUUCCAAGAUCGUGGGAAAAGAUUGAAACUUCACCACUUCAUUGCAAAGGAGGCUAAUGCUUUGUUUGAUGCAUCUAUUUCUGAAGAAACGCCGUCGUCAUCCAGCCUUGUGGUUGAGACUACUACACCGGAAGACAAUUUAUAUGCGUUGAUGCCACCGUUUGAAACUUUCUUGAAUGUGGAUAAAUCAGCAAGAUUGAGGCAUUUCUUUGAUAAUGUGAAGACCGGAGAGCUAAUCAUAGGAGCAGUAAUCAACAGGACAGCAUCAGGAAUGAUGCUAAAGGUCCUAUGCACUGCAGGACCCACCUCCCGUUACGUUGCUGACAUCAAUGUGAAAGCAUUUUUACCAGUUACUAAUAUCAUACCAGCUGUGGACAAGAAAAAUUUGUCAAGAAACUACCUGAUGAAUGACACUGUGUGCUGUGAAGUAAUUGAAGUUAUCCCUGACACCGACAAAAUGGUGUGCGGCAUGAAGGGCGUUACGCGAGGCCCGGACGAUCCCCCGCCUAAGCCGCCGCUAGGUCUCCUCAGCACCGACGACUUCCCUCUAAUAUACAAGAAAACUAUGGAAAUGAAGGGAGAGAGUUAUGAAGCAAUAUUGGAGAAGAGCCCGGGCUUCAAUAACCCCAACUGCGUCCAAUAUCUCUCUGAAAUGCUAGGGAUAGCUAACAUGCAUUGCACAAAUUUUUCGUCAUUAAGGGGCGGAUUUAUAUCUACGGAAUACGCUGACGAACUUCGGCAAGCACAGGCUAGCAAGUGGGCAUUCCGUUCGGUUGCUGAAGGAAUAGAACAUUUCAAAGCAGGCAGACACUCUGAAGCUUUUCAAUGCCUUAAUAAGGCACUUAGUAUUGACCCUAGGAAUGUUGAAGGUUUGGUUGCAAGAGGGGCACUAUAUGCUAACAGUGGAACAUUUAAAAAAGCUAUAGAAGAUUUUGAGACUUCGUUGAAAUUAAAUCCUAACCAUGCUAAUGCACGGAAAUAUUUGGGAGAGACAUUAGUAGCAUUGGGACGCAGUUAUGAGGAUGAAAACAAGAUUACUGAAGCACAGAAAGCGUAUGAAGAUUGCUUGGCUAUAAUUCCUUUUCAUGAAGAGGCGCAAAAUUCUCUCGACUUCUUGAAGAGCAAAACAUCAAGUACUAAGCCGUUGAUUGAACCGGCAGAACUAUUAUUGCCUGGUUUAACGGGGGCUAAAUCAUAUGAGAUGAAAGAAACACUGAAACAGUUACUAAACUUAACAGAAAAAAAGGAUAAGAAAAAGAAGAAGAAGAGAGGCAAAGGUAAAAAGAAGCGAUCGAGUAGUUCGUCAUCCUCGUCAAGUGAUUCUUCAAGUUCUAGUUCGUCAUCAGACUCUUCUUCAUCAUCAUCUGAUUCUAGUGAUUCUGAAGGGCCGAACAGGAAAAAAAAACGUCGCUCGCAGUCGAACAACAAGCGUCAGCGAUCUUUAUCUCCGUUGAGUAAGCGCAUGGAAAUGCUCGGGGCGCCUGAAGCAGGUUCGCGGACGCACAACUCUUCGUUCAACCAUCCCUACGGAUAUCAGCCGCCGCCGCCUCCAGCCGAGGAGGUUAACCCCGAGCCAGUUAGAUCACAAGCUGAUAUUGAUUAUGAACUUAAGGUCCGUAAAUUCCUGGAUACAACUAAAGAAGACUCUGAUUACGAAGAAAAAGUUCGCAGUUUUCUGGAGGAAACAGCUCAAUACAAACGCAACCGCAAGAUGCAAGAGUUAGGUCAGCAGCCUCAACCUGGUGCAGAUAGAGACAAGAAGAAAAAGAAGAAGAAAGAUAAGAAAAAGAAGAAAGAAUCGAAAAGAAAGCGCAAGGAACUGGAAAGGGAAGAGAAACGUAAGGCGAAGCUGGCGCGCGCAGCUGCUAAUAACUCUGAAUACAAUCUACGUGACUUAGACACCAUCGGGGACAAGAAACUGAGAGAUGCAAUAAGAAAAGAGUUGAAAGGCAAAAAGAGAGAUCUCAGUUCUGAUGGCGAAUACGAGAGGGAGAGAAAGCAUAGUGAUAAGAGGAUGUUAGAGGAGAUGCAAGGUCUCGAGGAGCUGGAGUCAAAGCUGAGCGCGUACCACGUGAUGGUGGACAAGGAGGUGCUGCACAAGCGCGAGGGCCGCGGCUCGCUCAGCCCCAUCGACCAGGCGCCGCCCCCGCCGCUCGAGAAGCCCAAGUGGAAAAUGUCCAUGAGCGCCGUCAAGGACACUGUUAAGAAGAAAGAAACUCCAGUACCAAAAGGAUACAAAGAGCAUUAUGCAUUUGAAGAUAGCUCUGAUGACUCACAGGAUCCCAGGAAGGCGUCCCCUGCGCCGGGCGACAAGAACGUGUCGGUGCGGCGCGCCAUGGCCAUGAAGGAGCCGCCGCCGCUGCCCAGCGCGCCGCCGCCCGGCAAGCGCGAGCCCGACCCGCCCGGCACCGAGCCCGCGCACCCCGUUCGCAAAGGCAACAUCGUGCUGGAUAAGUUCGGCUCGUUUCGGUUGGCGCAAGAGGGCGAGACCCCCGUGUCGGUGGGCGACGGGCGGCCCGAGCAGUUCGUCACCCGCAUCAAGCCGCCCUCGCCCUCUGGCCGCCGCCCGCGCUCGCCGCCUUCGCCCCGUCGACACUCUUCUAAUUCCUCUGAAGACGACCGAAGGUCUAAGCGUUCCCGAAGCAGAUCGCGACCUCGGAAGUACCGGUCCCGCUCGCGCUCGCGCUCCCGCUCCGGCUCGAGCGGCAGCGGGUCGGUGACGUCACGUCGGCGCCGCUCUGCCUCGCCACGCUCGCGCUCGCGCUCCGACGCUUCGCGCUCCUACUACUCGCGCAGCAGAUCACGAUCACGGUCGGGCUCGAGGUACCGGCGAGCCCCGCGGCGCGGCGCAUGGCGCGGGCGCGGCGGCUACGAGCGCGGAACGUACUACCGGCCGCGCUUCCACACGUACAACGGCGGCGGCCGAGGUCGCGGCCGAGGCGGCGGCGACUUCCGGCGGGACGACGGGCGGCGCUUCCAGCACGAGUGGCGCGAUAACCGCUCGCGCGGCGGCCGCCCCUUCCGACCGCGCCGCGGCGGUGGCGGCCGCGGCAGGCCUUUCCGAGGUGGCUUUCGAGACUUCCGUGAUCGACGAGUCGGUCGUUAUUCGCGAUCUAGGAGUCCCGACAGGACCCGUAGGUCUAGAUCAUACAGUCCUGAAAGACGUGAUAAAGACAGAGACAGCUACUCACGUUACUCUGAACGCGAUAGUCAUCGCAGCGAGGGUGAAUAUGAAGAAGAAAGAUACGUUGAUAGAAAAGAAUAUGACGGGAAGUGGGCUGACGGGAAUGAACCUGAAAGAAAUACACAUACCGAGGAGAAACCAGUUGAACCACCUCCCAAAGAAUAA